AUGUCCAGAAGAUUAGCUAAUUUUAAACUUCCUAACAUAGUUACUCCUAAGCCGAGAACUGGUGCUAGGAGAACAUCAAGAGAAAAAAAGGAAGAUGAGUCUCAGGACAAGUACACAUCAGCUUAUUCUUUGCUACAAACCUCUUAUAAAAUUUCUGAGGAGGAUUACAGGAAAUACGGAGUUGAACAUGGUCUUCUUCCUCCUUAUUUGUCCAAUCCAGAUUCUUUUAAAGUAGAUUCCAGAAAUCUUUACACUUCAUUUGAUAACUGUAACAUAUAUAAUGUCGGCUCAGUCGUAAAACUUGAUACAAAUGAUCUAUUUAAUGAACUUCCGGAAGGACUUUGCGGUGAUAUGCUUAAGGAUAUAUCUCUUUUACCUGAGUCUGAGCCUCUGGGAUUACUUAAUCGCAAGCCUGCAGUGGAGAUAAUAUCUCAGUUAAAGCAGUACUCUCAGGGCAGUUCGGAGUCAUUGAGAUCGAGAGGUAUUUUAUUGGAUGGAAAGAGAGGCUCAGGAAAGAGUUUUAUCCUAAAUCACGUUUCAUUGUGGGCACGGAGGAACGGCUGGAUGGUUAUUCAUGAACCUUGUGCCUCCAAAUACUCCACUGAAGUUGGCACCAUUAAAAGAUCAAACGCCGGUGUUUACAUCCAGUUAGAAUUUGCUAGAACAUUUUUGGAGCGACUUUUGAUGAAGAACGAGCAACAUUUAUCCGAAAUUCCAGUAAUAAAAUCACUGUAUGGCAAUAUUUCACUGGAUGGAAACUACUUAAAGUACAGUAAACGGAUGUUUGAUCCAGUCAUUGAGAAGAUAAUCCAGGAAGAAUUGGAAAUCUUGAAAGAAGAUUCUGAUCCUGACGAAUUAGAAUGCACCAGAGAGAAGCUAAAGUUGUGGCACAGUUAUAGAAAACAGUUCAGAAUACCCGUUUUAUCUGAUCGCCUUCAAAACCCGUUAAAACUGGUAGAUAUCGCAAAUUUUGGUGUUAAUAAUGAAACCUUCGCCAAUCAAGCCGUUUACGAGAUUUUUAAUCAGCUAAAGCACCAGACCAAGUUCCCCUUACUCUUCAUAAUAGAUGAGUACAAUGAGUGCUUCACUGCCUCGGAAUACCUCUCGAUUAAGUAUGAGAAUACUAAGUUUAAUGGUUGGAUUCCAAGUUACCACUUAACCAUGCCGAGAUUAUUUCACAAAUUUGACGGAGAUCACUACAGAAAUGGAUUUAAAAUAUUAGCAACAAGUUGGUCAAAGCGCAAGAGAAAGAAAUUUAGGCCUGAAUACCUGGGAAUUCUCCCCAAUGAAGUUAGGACUGUCCGUAACUUCACUUCCAGGGAGUUUGCAAACUAUAUCUUAAACUUGAAAAAUACUCGUGUAAUUUAUAACUUCCCUAAUGACAAAAUCAAUUAUUUCUACAUGCUAACAGGCGGAAAUGGGUUCGAAUCCAGGAGAUUACUUUCCAAACUUUACUAAUUUUACUGUACAAUA